GUCCCGCCACAUCUAUCCCCCCUCUCUCUUGAGGAGGGCACCGCCAUUAGUUUAGUAGCCGCUAAUUAUCCUCACUAACCCUAAUUACCCUCACGCAAAAGCACUCUCUGCGAUCCCCUAUCAUCAAGCUCCAAUUAUCAGUUCGCCGCGUUAGAGGAGUUCGCCGGCCGGAGGAGGAGAAGAAGAUGACGGUGACGCCGCAGAUCACGGUGGGCGACGGGAGGCUGGCGGUGCGGGGGCGGACGGUGCUGACCGGCGUGCCGGACAACGUGUCGGCGGCGCACGCGUCCGGGGCGGGGCUCGUCGACGGCGCGUUCGUCGGCGCCGCCGCCGGCGAGGCCAAGAGCCUCCACGUCUUCACCUUCGGCACUCUCCGGGAUUGCCGGUUCAUGUGCCUGUUCAGGUUCAAGCUGUGGUGGAUGACGCAGCGGAUGGGCUCCUCCGGUCGCGACGUCCCGCUCGAGACCCAGUUCAUGAUCAUCGAGGUUCCCGCCUCCGCCGGCGACAACGACGACGGCGGCGGCGGCGAGCCGGUGUACGUGGUGAUGCUGCCGCUGCUGGAGGGGCAGUUCCGCGCGGCGCUGCAGGGGAACGAGCACGACGAGCUCCAGAUCUGCAUCGAGAGCGGGGACAAGGCGGUGCAGACGGAGCAGGGAGUGAACAUGGUGUACGUCCAUGCUGGGACCAACCCCUUUGACACCAUCACCCAAGCUGUCAAGGCCGUGGAGAAGCACGUGCAGACAUUCCACCACAGGGACAAGAAGAAGAUGCCGUCGUUCUUGGAUUGGUUCGGGUGGUGCACCUGGGACGCAUUCUACACCGACGUCACCGCCGACGGCGUCAAGCAGGGCCUCCGCAGCCUCGCCAAGGGCGGCGCGCCGCCGCGCUUCCUCAUCGUCGACGACGGCUGGCAGCAGAUCGGCACCGAGGACGCGCCCGGCGACGAGGCCGUCGCCGUGCAGGAAGGCGCGCAGUUCGCGAGCAGGCUGACCGGCAUGAAGGAGAACGUCAAGUUCCAGAACAAGAACGGCGGCCAGGAGGAGACGCCGGGGCUGAAGCUGCUGGUCGACGAGGUGAAGGGGGAGCACGGCGUGCGCCAGGUGUACGUGUGGCACGCCAUGGCCGGGUACUGGGGCGGCGUGGCGCCGGCGAUGGAGCGGCACGAGGCGGCGCUGGCGUACCCGGUGCAGUCGCCGGGGGUGACGGGCAACCAGCCGGACAUCGUCAUGGACUCCCUCUCCGUGCUCGGCCUCGGCCUCGUCCACCCGCGCAGGGCGUUCGCCUUCUACGACGAGCUCCACGCCUACCUCGCGUCGUGCGGCGUCGACGGCGUCAAGGUCGACGUGCAGAACAUCAUCGAGACGCUCGGCGCCGGCCACGGCGGCCGCGUCGCGCUCACGCGGGCGUACCACCGCGCGCUCGAGGCCUCCGUGGCGCGGAGCUUCCCCGACAAUGGCUGCAUCUCCUGCAUGUGCCACAACAGCGACAUGCUCUACAGCGCGCGCCAGACCGCCGUGGUGCGCGCCUCCGACGACUUCUACCCGCACGACCCGGCGUCGCACACCGUCCACGUCGCCUCCGUCGCCUACAACACCGUCUUCCUCGGCGAGUUCAUGCAGCCCGACUGGGACAUGUUCCACAGCUUGCACCCGGCGGCGGAGUACCACGGCGCGGCGAGGGCGAUCGGCGGCUGCCCGAUCUACGUCAGCGACAAGCCGGGGAACCACAACUUCGAGCUGCUCAGGAAGCUCGUCCUCCCCGACGGCUCCGUGCUCCGGGCGCGGCUCCCCGGCCGCCCCACCCGUGACUGCCUCUUCUCCGACCCGGCGCGCGACGGCGCGAGCUUGCUCAAGAUAUGGAACCUGAACAAGUGCGGCGGCGUAGUCGGGGUGUUCAACUGCCAGGGCGCCGGGUGGUGCCGCGUGGCCAAGAAGACGCGCGUGCACGACGCGGCGCCGGGGACGCUCACCGGCGCCGUGCGCGCCGACGACGUCGACGCCAUCGCGCAGGUCGCCGGCGGAGGGUGGGACGGCGAGGCCGCGGUGUACGCGCACCGGGCGCGGGAGCUGGUCCGGCUGCCGCGCGGCGCCGCGCUGCCGGUGACGCUGGGGGCCCUCGAGUACGAGGUGUUCCACGUCUGCCCGGUCCGCGCCGUCUCCUCCGCCGGCGUCUGCUUCGCGCCCGUCGGGCUCCUCGACAUGUUCAACGCCGGCGGCGCCGUGGAGGACUGCGCCGUCAUCACCUCCGCCGCCGCCACCACCGCCGCGGUGGUGGCGCUCAGGGUGCGCGGGUGCGGCCGGUUCGGCGCCUACUUCUCUCGGAGGCCGUCGAGGUGCGCGCUCGACGGCGCGGACGUGGAGUUCGCCUACGACGGGGACAAGGGGCUCGUCGCCGUCGACCUGCCGGCGCCGGAGCAGGAGCUGUACAGGUGGACCCUGGAGAUCCACGUCUAGGAUGUUGCCACGUGGCGCACUUGGGUGUUCGUUUCCGUGAGAGGCAUUCCCAGCCGUUGGAUUAUUGCCAUCGAUGGCUGUGCAGCAGAGAUGGACGGGCCGGAUUGAUGGAGAGAUUGCGAUGUGCCCUCCAUGCCUUGCAACGCAGUAGAGAAUGGCUGCUACAUCUCAGAAAAGAAGGGUAAAAAACAGUAUGCUUUUGUCAUGUUAUCCCUUGUAAAAUGCAGUACUAUGAUGUGAUGCUGCUAUAUGGCUCAUGUAAUAUUAGCUAAUAAUAAAUAAAUAAAUGACGGUGCUCCUAA